CAGAAGUGAUGCCCUGAUCAUGACAGAAUUUGCAUUUUAUCUGUGAUUAUCCAAGUGUACGUUUGGCAGGGUUUGCUCUAUCGCUGUUAGAUUAUUUUCUACUUGACCUUACGCUUAGUUUUAUAUUAAUAAGAUGAACAUUGAUUUAGAUGAGUUUGUGAAAGAGUGGUCCGAGCUGUCAAACGAAUACAAAAAUCUCGAGGCAACAAAUACAAGCUAUUUAGAUUCAUUGGAAAAUUUGGAACUGCUACAAGAACAAUGUACUACACAAAUUAAACAUCAGCGCUAUCGGAUGCAGCAAAUUUCUAAAAAUAUCAAGCAGUGCAUACACAAUAAAAGGCUUACACCAGAGGAAAAUGAUAAACUAGAUGAUUUGAAUAAAAACCUUCUAAAACGAAAAGCUCAGUUGCAUGAAAUCGAGCAAGGGUUGCCACAGAAAAAUAGCCUCUAUCUGAAUAUUAUACUUGGAAAUGUGAAUGUAUCAAUUUUGAAUAGAAGUGAUAAAGUUCGUUAUAAGGAUGAUUACGAGAAGUUCAAGUUGAUCCUGAACGUGAUCGGUUUGUUGAUGUCAUUUUUGAACAUUAUUGUGAAUUACAGAGCGUUGGAACUUGCAUUUAUUUUUCUUCUCGUGUGGUAUUACUGUACCUUAACUAUCAGAGAGUCUAUUUUGAAGGUAAAUGGAUCAAGAAUAAAAGGUUGGUGGAGACUACAUCAUUUCAUCUCAACAGCAAGUGCAGGAGUUUUGCUAGUUUGGCCGCAAGGAGAACCAUGGCAGCUUUUCCGAACGCAGUUCAUGUUAUUCAAUGUAUAUAUUAGUUUGGUGCAGUACUUGCAGUUUGGUUACCAAAAAGGAGUGCUCUAUAGAUUAAAAGCUCUUGGUGAGCGACAUAAUAUGGAUAUUACCAUUGAAGGCUUUCAUUCUUGGAUGUGGCGUGGACUCAGUUUCCUGAUUCCAUUCCUGUUUAUUGGGUAUAUCUUUCAAGCAUAUAACGCAUGGACAUUGUACAAACUUUCACGUCAUAUUGAUGCAACCUGGCAGAUUCCAGUCCUUAGUAUACUAUUUCUUGUACUGUUCAUCGGUAACACCACUACCACGAUGCUAGUAAUUCCACAAAAACUUCGAGGACGUAUAAAGGAAAGAUAUCGAUUGAUGAGUCUAUCUUGGGCUAUGAAAGCACGGCAAAAUAAGACAACAAAACAAUCCGGUUCAAACAAUGAAUGCGAUAAAGAAAAAUAAUAUCCAACAUAUUCAUAUUACAAUAUUAUUAGUUAUGGGAUGUGAACGGAUUACACGAACUGUAAAUUCGACUCGGGCUCAAUAAGUUCAAACGCAUGUCUAAAUCAGGAUUAGUUUAGACAAAUCAAAUAGUUAAGUAAAUACAAAUAUUGAAUUUACUCCACA